GCUACGGAGGCUGCAUCUCCAUCUCUCUCUCUCCUCCAUCUCAGCCUCGCGCCUCACUCCUCCCGCCGCGACACCUUUAUAAACACACCCAUUCCUUCAUGUAUCCUCGCUUCCUUAUGGGGGAAAAAAUAAUCUCGACAUUAUAUGCUCAUAAUUUCCCCAAUGAAAAUUUAAAACGUGAUAAAUUCAACGUAAUUACUUUCUUUUAACUGUAGUGAAAUUUGCAUAGAAAUAUAAGGUGCCUAUCAGUCGAAAUUUUGCCUGAUUGAAAAUACUCUUUUGGUAAAUAUUGAUCAUAAGGUCACUUUUAACUUAGAAAGAAAAUUAUUUUGAUGGCUAGAACACCAAAAUAUGAGAUGUUACUGUCACUCUUGAUGUUUAAGUAGACAAUUAACAAAAAAGGUGUUAGAAAACAUGACGAAGUGUGUUUUAGACAGUGACUAAAAUCUGGAUAUCCUCUCAGCAUCGACGUAACCUGCUGUAGUGAUGCACUAGAAGUGUGUGGAGCAUUUGUUUUGUCAGCAUGGCCGAUAGGAGUGAGAGCGCGCUAUGGUGGAGGUGGUGGCUAUGGUGGUGAUGGAGAUGGUGAAGGAGACGAUGGUGGUGGCGGUGGUGAUCUUGCUGGUGAGGGAGGAUGGUGAACCAGAAGGGUAAACACACCACAAGGGAGUCGUGAUGACAGGUACACACUCACGCUGACACUAUGGACGGAGAGAACCGAAUCAUCCUUAACGUUGGUGGAAUAAGGUUCGAGACUUACAAAGCGACACUGAAGAAGAUCCCAGCCACUCGCCUCUCCAGACUGACGGAGGCGCUGGCCAACUACGACCCGGUCCUCAACGAGUACUUCUUCGACAGACACCCGGGGGUCUUCGCUCAGAUUCUCAACUACUACAGGACAGGGAAACUCCACUACCCGACCAACGUAUGUGGACCUCUCUUCGAGGAGGAGCUCGAGUUCUGGGGCCUGGAUUCGAACCAAGUGGAGCCUUGCUGUUGGAUGACUUACACCAUCCAUCGCGACACUCAGGCCACCCUGGCCAUCCUGGACAAGCUGGACGUGGACACAGACAAACCCUCGGAGGAGGAGAUAGCCCGAAAAUUUGGCUACGAAGAGAGUUACUUGAACGGGCGCGUCACCUGGUGGCAGAGAACGAGACCCAAGAUCUGCUCUCUCUUUGACGAGCCUUACUCCUCCUGGAUGGCAAAGGUAAUCGCCAUGUUGUCUGUGUUCUUCAUCGUGGUGUCGAUACUGUCGUUCUGCCUCAAGACUCACCCCAACAUGCGAGUCCCAGUUAUUGUCAACGUGACUGUCACCAACCUGGCUAAGAACGGAACCAACCUCACCUACUGGUACCUCAACAAGGACAGGACGGACCCCCACGACGCCUUCUUCUACGUGGAGGCGGCCUGCAACGCCUGGUUCACCUUCGAGAUCCUGAUGCGCUUCACAGUGACGCCCAUGAAGCUGGAGUUCGUCAAGAACACAAUCAACAUCAUCGACUUCGUGGCCACGCUCAGCUUCUAUAUGGAUAUUAUCCUCAACCAGACUCAGUUUGCUGGCAAAGACGACAACGCAGGGAAAGCAGCGGAAGUGAUAGAGUUCUUCAGCAUCAUCAGGAUCUUGCGACUGUUCAAGUUGACGAGACACUCUGGCGGCCUCAAGAUUCUCAUCCACACCUUCAAGGCUUCAGCCAAGGAACUCACACUGCUUGUCUUCUUCCUCGUCCUGGGCAUCGUUAUCUUCGCCAGCCUCGUCUACUACGCCGAGAGACUGCAGGCCAAUCCUCACAAUGACUUCAAGAGCAUCCCAGAGGGGCUGUGGUGGGCUAUCGUCACUAUGACGACGGUGGGGUACGGGGACAUGGUGCCCAAAACUUACGUGGGCAUGUUCGUGGGUGCCCUGUGUGCCUUGGCUGGAGUGCUGACCAUCUCCCUUCCUGUGCCUGUUAUUGUUUCAAACUUCUCUAUGUUCUACAGUCAUACUCAGGCGAGGUCAAAAUUGCCCAAGAAACGUCGACGAGUGUUGCCUGUGGAGCAGCCCAGACGGGCAGCCAGGCAGCCCAGACCAGAGAGUGGCCUCAACCGUAGAAUGAACGCCAUCAAACAUUACCACCAGACGGCACUCAAGGAUGGCAUCACACCCAAACUCACCGGUGCCAUGGACAACCUUCUAGCAGGCACGCUGAAUGGUUAUGGACAGGUGGGUGGGCUGAAGGCCCUCAGCCUGUACACUACAGGCCAGAGUGGCCUCACUCUGCCGCUGCAGGCCAGGCCGCCCACAGGCUAUGAUAUAUACCCCAUCCCUGCCUACCAGCCGCCCCUGCAGGCCCGGGCACCUACAGGAUGUGACUCCUACUACAGCAGUUCACCCACGCCCCUACACCCGCCCAUCCUGGAUCCUACGAUCACCUCUUCCCUCGUCAAGAAUCCUCGUAAGCAAGGGGAAUCUGCCACGCACCUGCAGCCCCGCUCAGCGACCUUCAGUUCUGGAAGCUCCAUCUUGGCUCGCAGAACGUCCUCCGGGUCAACGUUGGCCGGACGAGGCAUGGCGUCCCUCUGCGAAUCCCUGGCGUCCCCGGGGGCUUACCUAGCGUCCACGCUGGGUAUCAUGGCUUCGUCAAGCUCUGAUCCGUCCGUCGCAAACACCGACUUCGACAACAAGCAGACCAAGAGCCCCCCGAACAUGCUCUUCGACACCCAGACGGCGCUGGGGGUGGUGGGCAUGAUGCUGCCUAAGCUUCCCCCUGCCUACGUGAGGUCAUCCGAGGCCAUCCUCUCCACUAGCAUCAAGAACAACAAUAAUAACAGUGGAGGUUUCCAGUCAGCUGACGGGAGAGAGGAAGAGGCUCGCUCUAAAUUUCCAGAUGGUGAUGGUAGGCAGCCACCGCUGCCUCCCAUACAUAUUGAGUCGGUCGAUUCUCCCAGCAGCGACACUGUCACUCUGGUUGUCCCUCACUUCCCCAGCGUCAAUAUUCUUUGAGACGACCUUAGGCAAGACCAGCCGGGGAUCAUCAUCCUGUUUCACAGUUCAGAGAGUCGUCCAGUUUGGUUAAAGCUAUGUAUGGAAAGACGAAAAAUGUUGCAUGAACGAGAAUGUGUGACAGAAGACGACUUUUCCAGAAGAGCUGUUUGUCUCGCCCAGUGGGUCAUCUAGUUUGGCUAGAGUCGUGUCUCCAAAGACGACCUUGUUCCAGGAACCCUUUACCUCGCCUAGCUGGGUCGUCCGCCACCGUCCUCCCCAAAGUUCAACGCUAGAGGGAAAAGUGCGAAUGCAUCGUACGAGUUUUGCCUGCGUGUCUCUAAGUGCGUGUACAUAUGCGUAUCUUAGGGUGCGUACAUAAUGCAUAUCUCGAAGCCAGCAUGUAGGACUAUCUACAUGUCCUUACAUGCUCUCAGCCGCAUAAGAGAUCUUAUCUGGAGUUUAUCAUUCCUUUGAACUCUAGACAACAAAACCAAAUUAUGUGACGAUCACUAAGUGAUCUUCUGUAAAUUAUUUCCAUUAAGAAGAACAAUCGGCCGACACUUAGCAGUCUCUCCUGAGCACUGAGCAUAAAACUCAGAGCAAAUGUACUACACUAAGUGAAAGUAUCUCUAAUUCAAGACAAUUUGCUCAAAAAAAAGAUAAUCCUUUAGCAGUGCAGGGACUUUUGGAAGACGUGUUUCCAAAAUCACAGAAAAAAAAUCGACUUUGGUUAACUGAGUCCAUAAAUGUGACACUCAAGGAGAGUUAGUGUUGUCCUCCCGCCUGUGACUGUGCCUUGAAGCGUAGUUAGUUUCAGUGUCUCCUUGAACCCCAGCUGAGACUCGUGAGAAAAAGUGUUCGUGAGCUUACAGAACUGCAGGAAGUAAGUCUUAGCGUCCUUUGUACCAGCAGACAUAACCAGUUAAUCUGCAGUCUCAUACGGACGGACACAACUUAACGUGAGUUUCGACAAUGGAGCGAACAUUUGCUUAUAUUGUACAAUAUGGAUGACUCCUUGCUGUGGUAGAUCAUAAGGUCAUGACCAUCUCGUAUAAGAUAACUUUAAGAUUUAUACGAGUAUAAAUAAUGAGUCUUGUGGACAUGAAUCCUGGACCAUUUGAUGG